AUGCCUAGGACUGCCCAGCCCUGCAUGCCUAGGACUGCCCAGCCCUACACACCUAGGACUGCCCAGCCCUACACACCUAGGACUGCCCAGCCCUACACACCUAGGACUGCCCAGCCCUGCACACCUAGGACUGCCCAGCCCUGCACGCCUAGGACUGCCCAGCCCUACACACCUAGGAAUGCCCAGCCCGGAACGCCUAGGACUGCCCAGCCCAGAAUACCUGCAGCACACCUAGGACUGCCCAGCCCAGCCCAGCCCUACACACCUAGGACUGCCCAGCCCAGCCCUACACACCGAGGACUGCCCAGCCCAGCCCUACACACCUAG